AUGGAGGUCCUGAAGGAAAAAGUGGAGGAGGAGGAGGAGGCUGAGCGAGAGGAGGGGGCCGAGUGGCCUUUGAGGUCUGAGAAGACGACAAAGCCACCGUGGAAGGUGCCAAGCACCCUGACGCAGGAUAUACUGAAGGACUUGGAGCAGAAGCUGUCGGAGAUUGAGGUCUCUGUCCCAGAAGAGCCCCAGUGAGUGGUGGACACCAUUGAUAUCUCCGAGCUGCCCGCUUCCUACAAAACCAACACACCCAAGGAGGAGCAAAUGCUGCAGGUGGCAGACAACUUCUCUCGCCAGUACAGUCACCUGUGCCCAGACCGUGUGCCCCUCCUACUGUAUCCAGUGAAUGAGUGCCAAGUGCCUAAGUUCGUGAGCACUACCAUUCGGCCCACACUGAUGCCCUACCCUGACCUCUACAACUGGGACAGCUGUGCCCAGUUUGUCGCUGACUUCCUCACCAUGGAGCCCCUGCCUGACCCCCUUAAGCCGCCCACGGUCCUGUACUCCUCGACCACGGUGCUCAAGCAGCAAAAGGGCACCUGCUUCGACUUCAGCACGCUGCUCUGCUCACUGCUCAUCGGCGCUGGCUACGAUGCCUACUGUGUUAACGGCUACGCGUCCAAGGACAUGUGCCUCAUGGACCUGACGUGGGAGGUGUGCCCGCUUACCGUGAAGGUCAAGGAGGUGGUCCAGGAGGUGGAGAAGGUCCCGCCUAAGAAAUACGCCAUCAAACCACCGAGGGAUCUGAACAGCAAGUUUGAGCAAGAACAGGAGAUCAAAAAGCAGGCCGAGAUGAAGGCUGCAGAGGAGCAGAGGCAGAGGGAGGAAGAGGAGCGCCUCUUGAAGGCAGAGAAGGCGGUGCCCGACUCCCUGCAUGGGCUGCGGGUGCACUGCUGGGUGCUGGUGCUGUCGGGGAAGCGUGAGGUGCCCGAGAGCUUCUUCAUCGACUCGUUCACCGCACGCAGCUACAGCACAAAAGACGAACAUUUCCUGGGCAUCGAGAGCGUCUGGAAUCACAAGAACUACUGGGUCAACAUGCAGGACUGCUGGAACGGCUGCAAGGACCUGGUCUUUGACCUGGGAGACCCUGUGAGAUGGGAAUACAUGCUCUUGGGGACUGAUAAACCUAACCUGGCACUGUCUGAUGAGGAUGAUGAAGGGGCCAAUGAUGAAGAUGAGGAUGUGGACAAUCUGGGCAAGGAGGAUGAGGAGAAGAGCUUUGACAUGCCGCCCUCGUGGGUGGAACAGAUUGAGAUCACUCCAGAAGCAUUCGAAACCCGCUGCCCGGGUGGGAAGAAGGUAAUUCAAUACAAGAGGGCGAAGCUGGAGAAGUGGGCCCCGUACCUCAACAGCAACGGCCUGGUGUGUCGCCUCACCCUCUACAAGGAUUUGGAGUGUACCGAGGUUCUGGAGAUAAAGGAGUGGUACCAGAAUCGAGAGGACAUGCUGGAGCUGAAGCACAUGAACAAGACCAUGGGCCUGAACACCGACUACUUCAAGCCAGGUCAUUCCCAGGCUCUGCGAGUGCACUCGUAUAAGACCAUGCUUCCCAAGAAUGAGCGCUCCAUGGAGUUUUAUGACAUGGCCCGUGUGGAUGGCCUGAUGAAGCGGGAAGAGACUCCCAACACGAUGACGGAGUACUUUCAGGGACGCCCAGACUUCCUCUCCUACCGCCAUGUCAACUUUGGCCCCAGGGCCAAGAAGGUCGCUCUGAGUAACCGGGCGCCGGUCACUGUGGAGUCCAACCCCAGGCCUAUAGUGAAAAUCACAGAGCGGUUUGCCCGCAACCCCUCGAAGCUGGCAGAUGAAGACGUGGCUGAGCGCGUGUUCCUGGUCGGGGAGGAGCGUAUCCAGCUGCGCUACCACUGCCGUGAAGACUACAUCACGGCCUCCAAGCGAGAGUACCUGCGGCGCACAGAGGUGGACAGCAAGGGCAACAAGAUCAUCAUGACCCCUGACAUGUGCAUCAGCUUUGAGGUAGAGCCCAUGGAACAUACAAAGAAACUCCUCUACCAGUACGAGGUCAUGAUGCAGCUCAAGAACGAGGAGAAAUUGUCCAGACACCAAGUCUGGGAGUCAGAGCUGGAGGUGCAAGAGAUCCUGAAGCUUCGCGAGGAAGAGGAAGAGGCGCACACGCUGACUGUCUCCAUCUACGACACCAAGCGUAAUGAGAAGAGCAAAGCGUAUCGGGAGGCGAUGGAGCGCGUGAUGCACGAGGAGCACCUGAGACAGAUGGAGACCCAGCUGGACUACCUGGCCCCGUUCUUGGCACAGCUCCUGCCGGGCGAGAAGCUGAACCGCUGGCAGGCCAUGCGUCUCAAGGAUGAGUGUCUCAGUGACUUCAAGCAGCGGCUCAUCGACAAGGCCAACCUCAUCCAGGCCCGCUUCGAGAAGGAAACCCAGGAGCUGCAGAAGAAGCAGCAGUGGUACCAGGAGAACCAGAUGACCCUGACGCCCGAGGAUGAGGACAUGUACCUGAGCUACUGUUCUCAGGCCAUGUUCCGGAUCCGCAUCCUGGAGCAGCGGCUCAAUCGACACAAGGAGCUGGCCCCCCUGAAGUACCUGGCUCUGGAGGAGAAGCUCUACAAGGAUCCUCGCUUGGUGGAGUUCUUCAAAGUCUUUGCUUGA